ACUGACAGAGGAACACGUAAUUUGAUACUUGGUGUCCUUCCAUAGUAAAAGGCGUUGCGGCAAUUUGAUAACAUCUGCUAUACGCCUUUUCAGCUGUUACGAAUGAGGUUGGUUUGCAAAAAUGAAUCUUGGACUGUACGUUGGCGGAGUUCUGUGGCUGCCGGCAGCACUAACAAAUGCAUGCACAUUCAAGAAACUUGUGUUCCGUGGAGCCAGUCAUAUCAUAGGCGGUACUGGCGGUAUCGCCAAUCUCUGGGAUUCCAAUUCUACUUAUAACGAGAACAAUGCCGACGCUAGAAAUAUUGGGUAUGGAGGACAUUAUAAGUCAAGCGAAGUGGACACAUGGGACACAUCGACAUUCAACAAGGUCCGAUUGGAGGUGAUAAAGUCAGGUGUUGAACAGAUGUACUUCGAAUUCAAUGCUACUGGGACUAAUAAGUUUAGUUGGUUUCACAGAAAUUACCUUACCGCGUCUUCGAUUGAUGAGACUGACCAACUGCUCCUAUACUUCUACAGAUAUUCUUAUUAUUGGAACGAAUACUUUGUGAGAAGGACGCUCCAAUCAGGCUGUUAUACAUGGAUUUUAUUAACUGAUUAUCCUUCCACUGUACACGAUUGUUACACAACCUACUAUUCUACUCAAGUACCAUAUAUACGUUUUGUACCUGAUGGGAAACACGCCGGCAUGGCUAUUCAUGCAGACGAAAUAGCAAUUUACUUUGUAAAAGACGGAUUGGCUGAUAUGAAACCUGUCCCAGAUUUACCCUGGAGAAAUCCGUCCUGGGACAUUGCCUCUGUCGAUGACAAAAACCUCCUCGGCGGUUUGUAUGUGACAGAAGCCAACUACGACAUGGCCAGUUUCGUGGUGACCGGUCGGGAAAUUGGCUGUGGUGCACAACUCCAAAUAUGGUUAAAUGACACCUUACCGGAAAAUGAUGGAGUGUUUCAUGAAAAGAGAGUUUGUAUGACCAACAGAUAUAAUGACGAUAUCUGCAAGCACAACUUUACUGUUGACGUUAUGAACUGUGGAGACAGACGUGCAUAUCGGCUGCCUGAACUGACCAGUGACCAGUACGAUAUAGGAACACAGUCAGUAGCCUACUGCUUCGAUGUUGCGGGAUUGAUUGACCCUUGUUCGUCGACCACACCAUCACAAAUCCCAAACCUAGAAAAUCGUCGUCCUACAAAUUCCCACGCUAUACAUGCAAGUGACCAUUUGGUAGAAGACUGGUAUUCAGGUGGACAUUAUCAGCUACUUAGAUGGAGUCCUGACCUAGAUCAACCUCGGUGUGGGGCUGAAUCCCAGAUUUGGAUGAAUGGAACAUUUCCUGCUGCUGACGGCAUGCACCAUGUGAGACAGUUAUGCACCACUAACCGGACAACUGGAGACACUUGUUUUGUUGACACACAGUAUACGUACGUCAAAAACUGUACGACACACAUCAUGUACUACCUUACUACACCUGCUGAGAACAGCGCGUAUUGCUUCGAUAUCCCAUCAGAUUCUAAUGAGCCUCCCCCAUCCUAUCUACCAACAACUGUCAAAAUCAAGUACGAACUGCAUUGGGUUGAUGUACCGAACGAAAACAGAGCUGAAAAGCCUUCCCUUCGCUUCUUCUGUGAUUUUGACAAAGACGAAACCAAUCUCUUAUACUACGUUAUCUACUUCCACGUCGACGGAAGUUACGUCAAUCUAGGAGCUGACCUGGUCGUCCAGGAAGUGGCAGAAGCGUAUGUGACAGAGGAACAACUCUUUACAAUGUUUGGCUUUACUGCCGGAAUUACGAUUUCAUGUAGUGUUGGAGUGAGAUCAUCUAGAAACGGACGCACUGGAACUCUUGUGAUAAGCGCGGGAUUCUAUGCUGGAAUUAUGAUGAUGAACCACUCGGUGUCUGUUGAGCGAGGUAAAGGCGGUUCUGUGUACUUCCAACAAACAGUCCCCUUUGGCUGUAUGUACCAUCCGUCUAAUGGAGAGCGAGGCUGUACACUUACAGUUUAUAUACUCAAGACGUCAUCAGAAAAUAUGUGUACUAGUAACACGAUUCGCCACCAUAAUAAAUGCGCCAAGGAGUUAACAGGUGUUACAAAGACAGCCAAUGUUGGCAGCGAUACCUGGAUACCAACGUUGUACGAGUUCGACAUCGUACCAGUUGACAGUAAACUUGGAACCUACAGCCUUUUAAAUAACCAGUUCGUAUUCAAGCUUCAAACACAGAGACCUCGUCACCAAUUCUGGAGAAACGCUAUAUCAGAUCAAGUUAACGUGAACGUGUUCGAUGCGGCAGACGGCAAGUUCUGGCAAGGAAAACGCUGUCAGGUGUACUGUGAUCCCCAUAUGAAGUCAUUCGAUGGCAUGGCUUAUGAAUUGCAAUACCAAGGAAAGUUCAUGUUAUUGAAGAGUGAAAAUCCACCGAUGCAGGUACAGGUGCAGAUAACGUCUUGCAAUGGCAACAAUCGUACCCCAUACUGUGCAUGCGGACUUGUAGCGGUUGCUGGAAAAGAUGUUUUUCAAAUUUAUACGUGCAAUGGUCACAGAGACAUCAACUACAAAUCAUGUAAGGAUGGUGUUCUGAAGGUGGACAGAAAAUCAUCGAAGAUAUAUAAAAUAUAUUUACCCACUGGAGCGACCAUCCGGGUGUCAGUUAGAACGAGAGGCCUCUUAGAUAUCGAUAUAACACCAACAGUCCAUGAGUACAAGGGACGAAUAACCGGUCUCUGUGGCGAUCUGGACGGAAACGUGGCGAACGACUGUGUCAGUAAAGGAGGUUCAAUGCCGUGUAGAGACAUAUCAAAUAGCAGGUGGUCUUACUACUAUCACCCGAACAUCUUUACUCGGUCUUACAGGCUCAGUGAAGAAGAUAAUCUGCUUAACGUGAAACCAAACACCGACUUCCUGGAGCCAUAUCCUGCGCCCUACCAAAUGUGCGUUUGUCCACAGAACAGUAUUGAACUUGGAGACGAGACUCCGGUAGAUAGCUAUAUAGAGUCCACUCUUUGCUCCUCAAGACAAUACGCCAGCUGUACUGAUUCCAGGCAAGAAGUAAGAUGCACUGUGACUGACCGCAGAGUCCUCAGAAAAAAACGUCAAGCAGACAGUCCGGACGACGUUUAUCUUCACAACAUUACGAAACGCUCAGUAGUGAUAAAUGAAAGUGAAGCUAUCCAGUUGUGCACGGAUGCGCUAACAACCGUAACAAAUGAAGCCUGUUCUGAUAUUGGUGUCAACGCCUCAAGUACUGAAAUAGACAACUGCGCUGCGGAUCUGAUGCUUACUGGCGAUGGCAACUGGACACGCUACGCCGUGGAUCGAAGUGAAACACACUGCCUUGAAACCCUAGAAAAAAACACGACUCUACAAGAGGAAUAUCCAGAAAUAAGUAACAUUAUUAGAAACAACACCUGUUCAAACAAUUGUUCCGAACGGGGAUCCUGCUCUAAUGGUAAAUGUGAAUGUGAAGAAGGAUUCGCCUCGGAGGAUUGUUCCUUUGACCUCAACGCACCUUUAGUGUUAUACGGACUAGACAAUGAAGGACUUUGUGAUAUCGACGACGAGUGUACCUUCGUAGUGGUAGAGGGACUGGACUUCCCUACGGAUCAAAACUACACUUGCCAAUUCAGUGGUCGUGAGACAUUGGUGGGUGAGAUGUACCAUACAUUGGAGACGGCAAAUGUAUCAGCUCAACACCAGAGCCUCUUUGAAAUUAUCUGUGACCUUCCAGAGAUACACGUCCCGACAGACAGACUCGGAAUCGAGUACAAUGUGUCGGUGGCUAUGGACGGAUUUGAUUUUGGUGACGUCAUCAAUUUCGUCGUUAUCAAUGCAGCAUGUCAAUAUUUCAUCAACGACUCUGGAGUUAUUAGGUUUUAUAUACAGGAAGGGUUUUGUUACAUUAAUAGAGCCUGUCAUCCUAAAGGAUCCUAUAAAGAGAAUGCGUUAUGUUUAGAAUGUAAACCCGAGGAGAGCGUGUACACGUGGUCUAACUCAUCAAGCGAAGACUGUGUUGUAAGCGACCAAAACACGCGUGACCCAGAUACUACACUAGAAUACAUCAUUGUUCCUGUCGUCACUGUUGUUGCCGGACUCGGCUUUGUUUGUCUGAUUAUUGGCGUGAUGUUGUGUUUUUGCAAAAGUAAACAAAAAAGCAAUCAAAUGAUAAAUGACAUUUCGCUUGCUGAUCCCCAUGAUGAAGAGAAAGAAAUAUUUUCUAUAGCCUGGCCAAGUAAAGAUAUUCUACAAGAUGGAAUCCAAACAGAAGCUGUAAACAAAACAAAACGAUCCAAAUCAAAUAGCUGGAUGAGAGUUCAACAUGAUCGAAGUGCAAAAUCAGAUUCUGACAACGUCUUUUGUACCUCUCAUCAACCGGGAGUUGAAAACUUCAGAAAAGACAAAACGGAGAAAAAGAAACGAGGCCAGAAAAGUUUAACAGAGCAAACUUGCACGUGGAAUUUUCAACAGAAGGAAGAAAACGUCCAAAUCGACAAGAAACUAAAGACAGAAGAGCAUGUUAACAAUGAAGCGGACAAUUCAAUUGUCACUGCAAGAUAUGUUAUGUUUGAAGAAUGUUUUGCAAAAGACAAGGCUGAGGAUGAGAUGCAUAACACGCGAGCAGGUGACUUUUUUAUUGUAAAUGCAUCCAACAAUGAAAAACUGAAGACCGAUGAAGGGGGGGGAAAUAUUGUAUUUGUAACCGGGAGAACAACUGACACGAGUCGUAACGAACUGACCGGGAAAGCUGAUUCAUCACACGAUACAUAUCUCGACACAAAUGUUAAAAAAAGGGAAAGAAGAAAACGACGAAAGAAGAAAAAGAAACUUACAUCCCAUGAACCGGAAAAUGUCGUCGAUAAUACGAUUGAUGGAAGGUGUGAGCCAUAUGUGAUGACACCUGCAAGAAUAGAAACAGAAGAAAACAAACAAAAACAUGCACGACCAUUCGGAGAUGAAGAUGAGACGCAACCUGAGAAUGAAGAAGUGGUAACUGUGAAAGCCGACGGAAUAUCCAAAGAAACAUUAACAAAGAGUGCCAUGGUUUCCCGUAGCAGCACAGCAGAGAGCAGGCCAAUACAACAAAGCCAAGAAUGGGACGAGAUUACUGUCAUAGAGAACAGCGAUAUAGAUGUCGAUGCCUGUGAAAUACCUGGCGGAGGAGAAACCAUAGUGAGAAACAUGGAAUCGACGAAAACAGUUUCCCAACCAAAUACUUCAGAAGCAACCGGAAAACGAAAACGACGGAAAAGAAAAAAAAGAAGAAAGAAGGUAACACCCGAAACCCCGAGUGGAGCAUUUGCAUCUGUGAGUAAGGAGAGAGAGGGUGCAAGAGCUAAGAAAAAAUUAAAAAAGAACAACAAAUCAAAAAGCAAAUCAAAAUAGACUCAAUGACUUUAUCCUUUAAAUCAAUGAAUUGUUAGAACUAUCCAAAGUCAAUCCAGGUCAUUGGUGCAAUCCUAUUUUUGUGAAUAAACAACACUUGAAGUGAUAUAGUGAUAUGUACAUAUAUCAUAAUUAUAUAACUCAAUAGGAUGUGUGAGGGAUGUUUGUAUUCUUUCUGUACUGUUUGGUUGGAUGAUUUAAAUCUUUACAAAUAGAUGUACGAUUUUCUUUCACCGUUCAUUUUGUCUAUAUUAUAUUCAAACAAAUAUAUUUCGAGUGCCGCAUUUUGUGACUUACCCAUAGCGUUUCGUUAUAGGUGUUAGAAACUACGCUUACAUAUAUCUUGUUACGUUUUGAUGUUGACAUUAUAUACUUCCGACAUUUGCAUACUUAAAUUCUUGUUAUAAGUUACAAAUAUCAUUUUUCGUUUAUAUUAAUCAUAAAAUAAUUUGGAACAUUAUGUGCUUUUUACAUGUAUGUGCGUUUUCAAAGAUAUUGUUAAAUUUCUAUUGAGUUGUUGUUUGAUAGACGAAAAACUUAAUUCCUACAUUUAUGCAUUUAGUGUCAAAAUGUACGUAUUAUGAUUUUGAUAAUAAUUGCAAAUUUCUAUGCAAUGCAAAAAUAACGUAAUUAUGAUGUUUCCUUUGAACGGCGUUUUAAUUAUAUAUACCUGUAAUACCCUGUAUAUAACGGUAUGAUCUUCACGUUUUAUUACGCACUGCAUUCGUACCAACUAUGUAAAUAAAUUGCUAUACCCUUUGACAACCAAUGAACUUGUUUGUUCAUUCGCUGAAACAUAUUGUAGUGGUAAUGGGUUUGUUUUCGUAUGCUCAUUGUAUCUUCUGAAACCCUCCACAUUUUUUGUAGUAUUUGCAUCAUUUUAUAAUUAUACCGAGUUUUACUUUGGAAUAAAAAUUGAUUGUCAUCGGUCAAGGUUAAGGGUUCGGAGGUCAUACUUUACAAAUCUUGGCAUACAUAUGUGUGACAAUAUCAAGCGAACCAUUUAUCAGAGUAGUUGUGUAUUUUACAUUUUAUUGAAUUAUGGAGGUCAUCGAUCAUGAUCAAAGGAUAAAAGUUCAAACUUGAAAACGUUGACGGGAUGGAUUAAGUCUAUGUAAACCACCCUUUUGACUGUUAUAUAUACAUUUUAUCAAUAUUAUUUUAUUUCAUGUUUAUAUGAAUUACAUUUUUAUAUGAUUAACUUCUUUUCAGAUAAAGACUAGGUGUAUGAAACAAUCAUUAUUUCAAUUUCGAAUCUCUAUAUUUCCAAAGACAACAGGUAUUAAAGAAAGAUAUUAAAAGAUAGGUAUUGAAGAUGUGCUAUGGAUCUUUACAAACCAUGAUCUAAAUAGUUGAAUCGGUAUCGGGAUCAUUCUGCUCUGUGUACUGCUAUUUUUUGUAUAAGAUUGAUAUACUUUAUUUUGUUUUGAUUGUAUCAUACGGGAUUGAUAAAUAUACAUGAUUUUAACUCAUACAUUUUAACCUUAAUUAUCAGUUAACAUUAAUUGUUCAUUUUCAGUAAAUUUAACGGUGGAUUUCUUUAA